UCAAUUCAAAGUUCAAGUCUUUCUUCAAUUUACUUCUUUCUGAUAAUUUUUUGUCUGCAUCUGACAACAGGGGUAACUGAAUUAAGACUAAUGGAAACUAGAAAAAGAGAGAAACGUCCAUGGCGUUCUGAGGAAGAUGAAGCUCUUCUCAGCUAUAUUGAAAGCCAUGGAUUGGGAAAUUGGAAUCUUGUAGGGAAGAAUUCAGGGCUCUCUCGAGAUGGCAGGAGUUGCAGGCUUCGUUGGCUGAACCAGCUGCAGCCUGGUCUUAAGAAAAAAUUGCCCUUCUCAAAACAAGAAAAAUAUAUUAUAUUUUCCAUCCAUGCUACUUUUGGAAACAGUUGGUCAAGAAUUGCUAAAGCUCUUCCCGGCCGAACAGACAACGCAAUAAAAAAUUUCGUAAACGGUCAUAUAAAAAAGUGCUUAAAGACAGGAACAAUUCCUAUUUAUCCUCCACAAAUCAACAUAAAAUAUUCCACUGGAAGCUCUGAAUUUUCUCAUAUUGUAAGUUCAGACAUCCAGAAUUUAGUAGUCCAGGAACAAGUGGACCUCCCUUCAAUCCAAAACACAGAAGAGGAUGCCGGAGAUAGACUCGAUUCCUAUCUUCAGACUCUUCAAAGCUCAAUUGAGUUAGUUCCACAGACUCAAUUAGUUCCUCCUCUACAGGAAUUUAACACAAGUUUCAACUCUGUUGUAAUACAGCGAUUAUUCCAUGGAUUCUGAUCUUGAUUCUUACUUAUCAAAGUUCAUUUAAACUUCAGAAUUGGGAGAAACAAGUCGUUUACUUCAAUUUCUGCUUCAGGAAACUUGGGGAAAAUUAGCAGUGGUGUUGUCGUAUCUGGCUUAGCUACAUAAAAAAAAGUUGUUUUUUGCAAUAUGCGUGUGGUUCUAUAAAGUUUUAUCCGGCGUGAUGUUGUAGUGAUAUGCUUUUUCAUUUCUGAAAUUCUCUCUUUUGUCAACUCUGUUUAUCUAAGAAUAUUUUUGGUAUUUCAUG